UCCUCAAGUUCAAGAUCCGCUAAACUCAGUAGGAACUAUGGAGAAGCCAAAGUUCAAGACUGUCCAAGAGGUUGUUGCAGCUGGCGGAGGACUACCGGAUAGAUAUCUCCAAGCACCCACCGGCGACGACAAAGGCCAACCUCUUAAUGGUCCGGUGCCGGAGAUGGAUAUUCAGGCCAUUGAUCUCAGUCUUCUCCUCACUUCUUCUGAAGCCGGUAGAGAAGAGUUGAGUAAGCUUCACUCGGCUCUCUCUACAUGGGGCGUCGUUCAGGUGAUGAAUCAUGGAAUCACAGAAGCGUUUCUUGACAAGAUUUACAAGCUGACCAAGGAGUUCUUUGCACUGCCGACAGAAGAGAAGCACAAGUACGCAAGAGAGAUUGGUAGUAUCCAAGGAUAUGGGAACGACAUGAUUCUGUGGGAUGAUCAAGUUCUUGAUUGGAUCGACCGUUUGUAUAUUACUACUUACCCUGAAGAACAGAGACAGCUUAAGUUCUGGCCUGAACUCCCUGUCGGAUUCAGGGAAACUUUACAUGAAUACUCAAUGAAGCAACAUUUAGUGAUCAAGCAAGUUUGUAAAGCCAUAGCAAGAUCAUUGGAAUUGGAAGAGAACAGCUUUCUAGACAUGUGUGGAGAAAAUGCUACGCUGGAUGCAAGAUUCAACAUGUAUCCUCCAUGUCCAAGCCCAGACAAGGUUAUUGGGGUUAGACCGCACGCUGAUAAGUCGGCUGUCACUCUUCUCUUGCCCGACAAAAAUGUCGAAGGUCUUCAGUUCCUCAAAGAUGGCAAGUGGUAUAAAGCUCCAUUUGUCUCUGAUACAAUUCUGAUCAUUGUUGGAGAUCAGAUGGAGAUAAUGAGCAAUGGGAUCUACAAGAGUCCUGUUCAUAGAGUGGUGACGAAUAGAGAAAAGGAAAGGGUAUCUGUGGCUAUAUUUUGCAUUCCCGGUGUAGACAAAGAGAUUCAGCCUGUAGAAGGGCUUGUGUCUGAUGCAAGACCGAGAUUGUAUAAGCCAGUUACGAACUAUGUGGAGCUCUUAAACACGUACUAUCUCCAGGGUCUACGACCAAUAGCAGCUUCAUUGAUCUAAUCGUACUUUUAAAGUCUCAUUUUGGUUUCACAAAUGAAUCUGUUUCUUUCAUUAUAAGAAUAUUAUCAUUGCUAUGUUUGUUGGAAUGUGAGACUACAUUCUGUUGUGGUACAACUUUGAGACAAUAAAGAGCGUCUUAAGUCCC